UGACAUUAGUUUUACUUUAUAGACUAUGACAUGGCGUCCCAAACUCACGGGAAAUAUGCCACCUCGGACUAUACCCUAGUAAAGCCCUAGCAAUGGCUGGAGAGGAGGAUUUGGCGACGGCGGAAGCGGAAGGAGACAAGGACGAGCUCGAGGAUGAGGAGGAGAAAGAGGUUUGUGAGGAUCAAUUCCAUCCGGGCUCGCAAAGCCAGGCUAUGGCUCCAGCGAUUAUCAGCAUUCACCCCAAUUCUCGCGCGAUUGUGGUCUCAGUGGGAGCUGGAUUUCGAGUCUUCGAUCUAGAGAGCAAUGAAGCGGUGACUCCAGUUGAUGAUUCUUCCGGCCACCGCGCUGCGAUUCGAGCUUCUGGAUUUAGUCACGACGGUGCAUUCUUCGCGUCCGCCGGGGACGAUAAGCUCGUCAAGCUUUGGGAUACAUUCUCGUGGAAGUGCUCGAAAACCAUACCUGUGAACAAGAAAACCAGCGCUGUGGCUUUCAGUCGGGAUGGCCAGUGGCUGUUGGUCGCGGACAAAUUUGGAGUGGUUUAUGUUAUCCCAACUCUGGCGCACGACAAAAGUGACACAAACGAAGAACCAGCUCAACUUCUGGCGCACUGCUGCAGCAUAAUCACAAGCCUGGAGACGUCUCCCUGUGGCAAAUUUGUUGUAACGGCAGAUAGAGACUAUAAAAUUCGUGUAAGUGUACUUCCAAAGAAUCCCAUGCUAGGAGCUUACGAAAUCCAAAGCUUCUGUCUUGAUCACACAAGUUUUGUAUCUUGCCUUGCAUUUGUGGGUGAUGGAUCGUCAGAAGCGUUAUUAGUUUCCGGAGGAGGCGACUCUACGAUUCGUCUAUGGGAUCAUGUUUCGGGGCACCUGCUGGAUACAAUUAAUAUUUUCAACCUCUUACAGACUGAUAAAACCGAUACAUUUGUUGCUCCUGCCGUUGUCAACACGUCAGCCAGCGGAUCUGUAGUAGCUUCUACAAUUGAGAGGCUUACAGGUGUGAUCCUACUUCGUUGUGACUUCGGUAUCAAAAAGCUUUUGUUUCUUCAGAAAAUCUCUUGGCAAGAACCUAUAUGCCCGACCGGUUUACAAUUCGAUAGAAAAGAAAGGCUGUGGCUCGUUGCUGGUGCAGCAGAGACAAGGGAAGUCGGUGAUCGAGCAUUGAAACCGGAACAGGUGACAGAAUUGACAUCACUCGCCCAAGCUUCCGCUGCUGGUGCGUUAACCCGCCUCCGAGUUAUACAAAAAUCUCCCGCCACGUCUUCGUACGAAGCACUGGACGAUACCGAAGUUCCUGGCGGAGACCGUAUGCUCAAGGUAUUGCAAGGAAGUCCCUCCGACUCAUCAGUCUCGGUGGCCGCAGCGGUGGCCGAGGCUGCACAAGCCGCCGAGCUCGCCAUGAAGAACUUACUGUCCAAGAGGCAGUACACGGAAACUCACAGGGAGAAAAGAAAGCGGACUCGCAACGACAAAAAGGCGCGUGCGGCAACUUCUUCCUGACACGCAGACCUUGGAGCGACUUCUUCAAAACAGGCCUGAUUUGUUUACGCAACUUUCCACCCCAAGCUUUGACUGGAUUGCGAAACAUUUGGGGUGGCCGCAUUAAUUUGAUGAUUGCUAGCUUCGAUCUCUCAAAUGCUGGGAGUAUUUUUGUCUCCAUUGGUACAUGCAAUGUAUCUAUAGAUCACUGGUGUUGGGGGCU